ACGUUCCAUACUGGAGAAAGAGGUUAUAAGUUUAGCAAAUACGGAAAAUUCCUUAGGCAUUGGUCAGCUUGCAGUCAACAUGAAAAGACUCAUACUCUGCUCAAGCAGUACAUGUGCAGCAAAUGUGGGAAAUCCUUAAGCCAGAAAUCUGGCCUCAUUCAUCCCCAGAGAUGGCACAAUGGAGAAAAGAGUUAUGUUUGCAAUGGAUGUGCAAAAUCUUUUAUCCACAGAUCCGUGUUGAUUACUCAUAGGGUUCACCCUGGAGAAAGGUUUUAUAAGUGUCGUGGCUGUGCAAAAUCUUUUUCUACUAUGUCUGCCCUUGGUUAUCAUCAGAGAUCUCACACUAGGGAAAGACCUUAUGAGUGCAGUGAAUGUGGGAAAUCUUUUACCACUUGUUCUAACCUCCGUUGUCACCAGAGAGUUCACACUGGAGAAAGGCCCUAUGAGUGCAGUGAAUGUGGCAAGUCCUUUGUCCGAAGAAAUAUCCUCAAACUACACAUAAAGAUUCACUCAGGUGAAAGGCCUUACAAGUGUAACGAAUGUGGGAAAUCUUUUAAGUGGAAGUCAGCAUUGAUUAAACACCAGAGAAUUCACACAGGAGAAAGGCCUUAUGAGUGCAGUGAAUGUGGGAAAUCUUUUAGCACUAAGUCUGUCCUCCAUGAUCACCAAAGAGUUCACACUGGAGAAAGGCCUUAUGAGUGCAAUGACUGUGAGAAAUCUUUUACCACCAAAUCGGCCCUCCAUUAUCACCAAAGAGUUCACACUAGAGAGCAGCCUUAUGUGUGCAGUGAAUGUGGCAAGUCGUUUGUCCAAAGAAGUAGCCUCAAUAUACACAUAAAGGUUCAUUCAGGUCAAAAGCCUUAUAAGUGUAAUGAAUGUGGGAAAUUUUUGAAGUGUAAGUCAACACUGAUUAAACACCGGAGAAUUCACACAGGAGAAAGGCCUUAUGAGUGCAGUGAAUGUGGGAAAUCCUUUGCCACUAGUUCUGUCCUUCAUUCUCACCAGAGAGUUCACACUGGAGAAAGGCCUUAUGAAUGUAGUGAAUGUGGGAAAUCUUUUACUGGUAUUUCAGGACUCCACUAUCACCAGAGAGUCCACACUGGAGAGAAACCUUAUGAAUGCAGUGAAUGUGGCAAGUCCUUCGUCCAGAGAAGUAGCCUCAAUGUACACAAAAAGGUCCACUCAGGUGAAAAGCCUUACAAGUGUAAUGAAUGUGGGAAAUCAUUGAAAUGUAAGUCAACAUUCGUUGAACACCAGAGAAUUCACACAGGAGACCGGCCUCAUAAGUGCCGUGAUUGUGGGAAAUCUUUUACGUCUAGGUCUACCCUUCGUUCUCACCAGAGAGUUCACACUGGAGAACGGCCUUAUGAAUGCAGUGACUGUGGGAAGUCUUUUACCACUACUUCUCACCUUCGUUCUCACAAGAGAGUUCACAAUAGUGAAAGGCCUUAUGAAUGCAGUGAAUGUGGCAAGUCCUUUUGCCGAAGGAAUAGUCUCAAUGUACACCAGAGAGUUCACACUGGAGAAAGGCCUUAUAAAUGCAGUCACUGUGGGAAAACUUUCACUUCUCGUUCCCUCCUCCGUUCUCACCAGAGAUUUCACACUGGAAAAAGGCCUUAUGAGUGCAGAGAAUGUGGCAAGUCCUUCUUCCAAAGAAGUGCCCUGAAUGUACACAUAAAGGUUCACUCACGUGAAAAGCCUUAUAAGUGUAAUGAAUGUGGGAAAUUGUUGAAGUACAAGUCGACAUUCAUAAUACACCAGAGAAUUCACACAGGAGAAAGACCUUAUGCUUGCAGUGAAUGUGAGAAAUCUUUUAUCAGUUAUGGUGCUCUCAGUUACCAUCACAGAGUUCACAUUGGAGAAAGACAUUAG